AUUUAUUUAUUUUUUAAUGCACAGAUUAGAAAAUCUGAUGGUAUAAAUAGAUGCAUCGUUCAAACACUGUGUUACGCACCCUUGUAGCACUGUAUUAUACAUUUUGCCAAUCGGGCAAAAUGAUGGGAGAGACAGCAUAUUGUAAAUAUUACAUGCUUUAAAAUGGUUGUCUUUCUACUAUACAAAAAAGCAACAGCUUUCUACUUCCUCCUUUUUUCAGUGUACUGUUCUUUGAAGUCAAUAGCCGGCAGGGACAAAUGCUACCGUAGUGAAGUGCGGUGUAAGGGGACGUCAUGCCACCCUGGCAGAGAUCACCUGAACACUUUACUGGCACAAGUCAUUCCCUUUUGACUCUGACUGGGCUGGAACACGGAGCUCUAAGAACGCAGGUUCCAAAGCCAGACAGGUGGUGGCUUUAGACUCUCGGUCCUUGCUGACGGAGCUGGGCUGCUAUUUUUCUGAGCGUCUGGAGUUCAUGAGGCUUCUGUUUUAUUUUUUUCACUCUACUAUUCCUAAGACACAAUCUCUGGCUGCUCGUCCCACUCAUGACUGUGGGGGCUGGGCAGGUGAAAUGACAUCUGGUACUAUGCCUGAAGGUGACAGUCUGGGGGAAUAAAUUUCCAUAGCUGCAGAGUGAGGAAAAUUGCUUUUCUAUCUAGACUGAUUUUACAACUUCCAGCUCACAAACAAGCAAAGCUUUUGAUGUUCAUUAGCAUGGUCUAUUGCUCUUCCAUGGUGACAGCCUGCAUCUGCGAGCAAACCUGAAGGGGAAUAUGGUACCCUAGUAAACGCUGAAAUGGAAAUAAUGUACUAACGCAUUUACUAAUUCUUAGUCCAUGUAGUGCCUGAGCUCAAAAUUUUGUGCAUCUGCCUCUGUUUUAGAAGGGCACUGAUUUUGUCACUGCCAUAUCGAUGGUGGCAACCCUGGGAAUAAGACAGGACUCAGUAUCACUGAAUUACUCAUUCCUCACCAAGGACUAUAGACCAAAGGAAAGCUCAGCGGUAACAAAGUGUUUCUUUUUACCUGGGUACUGUUCCUACCAUGAAAGAGAACAUACGCUACUUUAAUUUCCCCUGACAGUUUGUACACAAUGAAUGAAAUCAAGCAAUUGAUUAAUUGUACAUGUUUUGGAUUUUUGCAAGACAGCUUCUCAAGGACUGUGGAAUGUCUUCCUUGUAACAAACAUUGGAAAGUAUAAUGACUGAUGAGAAGUGCACCCAGAGUUUCACAAGAGCUUUGUGUCAAGCUCAAUAUCUUAUAACCCUAGCGUAAAAACACUGAUACAUGUGUUGCAAUGGUUACAUAAACUGUGAAUGGAAACUGUCUAUAACCAUUUCAGUUACUUUAGUGAUGCUAAAAAGAAAAAGUAAAGUAGGGCAAAAGUUUACUUAUACAACAUGAAUUUUUUCACAAAAAUUAACAGGCAGUUCCGUAGAACUAUUAUCCUUCUUACUACAUUUUGCAUGGCGAGCAUUGUGAUUUCUGCUUAUUAUCUGUAUAGUGGAUACAAACAGGAACUAGAAAUUUCAGAGACUAUACCUGAAGAGGAUUGUGGGCACCUUGAAUUUUUACAAUAUGGAUUUACAGACCUGAACUCUAUAAAGCAUGUCGACUCAUCUCGGACAGAUUCUGUGGUUCUUGUGUUUAUUGAGAGUCAGUACUCAAAGCUUGGGCAAGAUAUUAUAGCUCUUCUAGAAGCAAGUAGGUUUGACUACCACACAGUCAUUGCAUCUGGAAAAGGAGAUAUUCCUGCCUUGACAGAUAAGGAUAAAGGUAGAUAUAUACUUAUCAUAUAUGAAAAUAUGUUAAAGUAUUUACACUUGGAUUCAUGGAACAGGAGCAUGCUGGAUAGGUACUGCAAAGACUACAGUGUUGGUAUUAUUGGAUUUCUUAAAGCUAAUGAGAACAGUCUUAAAAAUUCUCACCUGAAGGACUUAUCUUUAUACUACCAUGCUAAUCUAGGUCUUAGGGACUGCUGUGUAAAUCCUUAUUCACCUUUGCUUCAUGUCACAAAAUCUCCACAGGUUGAACAAGGUCCACUGCCUGGAGAUGAUUGGACUGUUUUCCAUAUUAAUCACUCUAUUUACCAACCUGUGCUGCUAGCCAAGGUAAAGUCACCAGCAAACAUCUCACCAUCCAUUCCAAAAGAUGUUUUUCAUGCAGCAGUAAUCCAGGAUUUGGGGAUUCAUGAUGGUAUUCAGCGAAUCAUCUUUGGAAACAAUUUAAAUUUUUGGCUGCACAGACUCAUUUUUAUAGAUGCCAUUGGCUUUCUUUCAGGAAACAAACUUUCUCUUUCUUUAGAGAGAUAUAUUCAGGUGGACAUCGAUGAUAUAUUUGUUGGAAAAGAAGGCACAAGAAUGAAAAUAAAUGAUGUAAAGGCUUUGUUAUCUCAACAGAAUUUGUUACAUGCAGAGGUAACCCGCAUCACAUUUUCUCUGGGCUUCUCAGGUAACUUCUACCACAUUGGGACAUUUCAAGAGGAUAAAGGAGACGAUCUGCUACUUAAAUAUGUUGACGAAUUCUGGUGGUUUCCCCACAUGUGGAGUCACAUGCAGCCACAUCUCUUCCACAAUGAGUCCACUCUAGCUGCUCAGAUGAUGUUGAACAAACAGUUUGCACUUGACCAUCAUAUCCCCACAGACAUGGGGUACGCUGUGGCUCCACAUCAUUCUGGUGUCUACCCUGUCCAUGUACAACUGUAUGAUGCCUGGAAGAAAGUCUGGGGCAUCCAAGCAACCAGCACGGAGCAGUAUCCACAUCUGAAACCAGCAAGAUAUCGGCAAGGUUUUAUUCACAAAGGCAUCAUGGUGCUUCCACGUCAAACCUGUGGUCUUUUUACUCACACAAUAUUCUUCAAGGAAUACCCAGGUGGUCCACAAGAACUAGACAAGAGUAUCAGGGGAGGAGAGCUGUUUCUUACAGUCUUAUUAAAUCCAAUCAGCAUCUUCAUGACUCAUUUAUCAAAUUAUGGCAAUGAUCGUCUUGGGCUUCACACCUUUGUCAACCUUGUCAACUUUGUGGGCAGCCGAACCAACCUGAAGCUGCAGUCGCUACCCCCAGUGCAGUUGGCACGCAAGUAUUUUGAGCUCUUCCCUGAGCAGAUGGAUCCCCUUUGGCAGAACCCUUGUGAUGACAAGCGGCACAAAGACAUCUGGUCAAAAGAAAAAAACUGUGAACGUUUACCAAAGUUCCUGGUGAUAGGACCGCAGAAAACAGGUACAACAGCUUUGUGCCUCUUCUUGGUUAUGCACCCUUUCAUCACUAGUAACCUGAACAGCCCAAAGACAUAUGAAGAGGUGCAGUUCUUCAAUGGAAACAACUACCACAAAGGCCUUGACUGGUACCUAGAAUUCUUUCCAGUUCCCACCAAUGUAACCACAGACUUCCUGUUUGAAAAGAGUGCAAACUACUUCCACUCAGAGGACGCCCCUAGACGAGCAUAUGCCUUAAUACCAAAGGCAAAACUCCUUACCAUUCUUAUUGAUCCUUCGGACCGUGCUUACUCGUGGUACCAGCAUCAGAGAGCCCAUGAAGAUCCUGCUGCUCUGAAAUUCAGCUUCCAUGAGGUCAUCACAGCUGGCUACCAUGCUCCUCCAGAGCUGAAGGUCCUGAAAAAUAGAUGCCUGGUGCCAGGGUGGUACUCUACUCAUCUAGAGAGGUGGCUUUCCUAUUUUCCAGCUCCUCAGGUGCUAAUUCUAGAUGGCCACCAGCUAAGAAAUGACCCUGCUGCCGUGAUGGACGAUGUUCAGAAGUUUCUGGGUGUGUCUCCACAUUACAACUACUCUGAGGCACUAACGUUUGAUUCCCAUAAAGGCUUCUGGUGCCAGCUGCUGGAAGGAGGAAAGACAAAAUGCCUGGGCAAGAGCAAGGGCAGAAAAUAUGCACCUAUGGAUUCAGAGUCUAGAGCAUUCCUGUCCAGCUACUACAAAGAUCACAACGUGGACCUCUCAGGGCUUCUUCAUAGACUGGGUCAACCACUACCAUCCUGGCUAAGACAAGAACUGCAGAAUACCAGAUAGCAUUGUAACAAACAUUUUAUAAAGUGAAAGACGGAACUCACUGGGGCAGCAGAUGGGUAUACAGAUAACUUACAUAAUUUUCCAGUCAACAUGUUACAAGUUACUCCUUCCAGAAUAAAUUAUUAUUUUUGUUCCAUGUGCUGGCACAUGGCUUGUACUUAUAUCCUAAGCUACAUGUUUUUGAAUUGUUUUAAGACCUCUGACAAUUGUAACAGGAAAUUGUGAUUCCCUUCAGCUUUAAAAUGCAUUCAUAUCUAUGUGUUACAAAAGGUAAGUGGUAAAAGGCAAACAUUUACGUAUCACUUUCCCCAGCACUGAAUGAUGAUGCAGUAUUGACAUGACAGAAACCCGGGAUUAGAACCUCAGGAAGCUGCUGCUCUUCUUCCUGUCAGAGGGACUACCACAGAGCACUUAUCAGAUGAAGGGAAGCAUGGCAUCAUAUGUUAUUACUGUUCUUCUAUCCUACUCGUAGGUUGGCAUCAUAUGCAGCUGCUGUAUUAUCGUCUGUCCUCCAUAAUGGGAAGCCAAAACUCUGUUUCUUUUCCAGGAGAUCACUGUUUUUGAUAAAGACUGCUGUAAGAAAGAUGAACAGUGAGAUUAACCAAGGAACCCCAAAGAAAAUGUGUACGAACUUGGAAUGGCCAAUGUGAAAAGAAAAUGACCAAGUAGAUGAGCAGCCUCCUCCAGAACUUGUCUUAUGCUAUAUAAAUUCUACACAGCACUGCAGUAAUAUGUCAACAUGUGAACACCACUAUUUCUAAGCAUUUUAAAAAUAUAUGUUUAUGGUUCUGUAAAACUCCCAUGGCUACAAAUGUUUGCAUUUUAGAAAAUGGAAUGAGCCAGAAAGGAGAACAUUUUAAGCAGCCUUCAAUUAAAAACAAUUCUGUAUCUAUAUAAUAUAUUGCAGGUGCAUGAUUGGCUGUAUUAGUAACUGGUCACUUUAAUAAGCUCAGAGAAACUAUUUGUGCUAAAAUCAAAAGAAAAAUAUCCACUCUAUAAAUUAACUUUAUAUUAGAAAUAGCAUUGUAACAAAACAGUUUCCUAGGCUGUGCUUCAGUGAUAAGCAGACAAUAUUAACACACUCACACACACACACACACACACACACACACACACACACACACACACACACACACACACACACGUGUGCACUUUCAGAUCACCACAACUUCUCUGAGGUAUGUUGAUCCUGGAUCUGCUUAUUUUAUUAUAUGAGAUGUAUAAGUCACAGCUUCUGCCAUUUGUGUGCAGAAAAGUAUUACUGAAUUCUGUUCUCCAAGUAUUAUAUACUUAUAGAAAUAAUACCAUUGUGUAACAAGUCUCAGAAAACCAUGACUUUCUGAAUCAAGUUGCAAUGUUUAAAUGAUCAAAACUGCAUCGUCUUUACAUUUACUCAUAUAACCAUAUGCAGAUGUUAAUGUACAGUACAUAGUGAGCAGCAGUGGAUUUUGUGAAUUAAGGGUAUAUCCAGAUGCAUCAUAUCAAGAUGUUAGCCAUAGUUUUACUUCAUGGGGGCUCCUGCUGCAGCCAUGUAAGAGGAAUGAUGUGAUGCAUGCAUCAGUUAUAAGUAGCUGAUUUUUCUAGUAUUGUUUCACUUGGUGGUGCCCUACCAGCAUCGUGCUGUGCCCCCCGUUGUCAUAUAAGGACCAUUAUUCCACAUGAUCUUCAGUUCUUUCCCAAGAAGCACUAUAGGUCAUUCAAGGAAUUUCUUGCUCCUUAAUGUUAUGCAUUUAAGUAAAGCUUUUCUUUCACUGUAUACCAGUACAUUAAUUUCAGAGACAUCUUCCAGUGUUUUCUGUUUUUCAUGUGGAUCUAAUCUUGACAGAAUAAGCAUAAAUAUAAACAGAUACUGCUCUAAGACUUGCAGUAGGUGUCUUUUUGGGAGGGAGGCGAGAGUGAAACUAAGCAUGAUCAAUAGUUCAAAGCUUUAAACUGGCAACUAUACAUUAACCAGCAAAUAUCCUUUUUAUAGCCAGUCGAAAUCUUCAAAUGAUCCAAUGAAGCCUAAACCUCCAACCAAGGUAAAGGUCUCAUGCUUCUGCCAAUGGAUAACUUUUCUAUCUAAAUACAGAUACAGCAAAAGAGGAUUAUGACCUAGACUUGGAAAACACAGCUUGGAAAUCAGAAGCAAAAGAGACUAAACAUAUCAAACAUAAGAUUAGCAGUUCCAGUAAAGAUAAUCAUGACACUAUGAACUACGCUAAGCUGCAUUAUCUGUCUUUCUGUCACCAUGAUGAAAUCACCAAUUUGGGGCUAAAUUAAUAAAGCCACGUUCACAACAAUGCAGGUAAUACACUUGUUACAUCUGACAGCAGCCCAGAGUUAGAGUCAUUUAAAAUAGGUCAGUACAUAUAUCUGCAUUUUCUGAACAAUCAUAUACAGGAGGUUCAGUUCCUUUUUAAAAUCAGUUUGAUAUGUACACAUUUGAAUUUACUGCACAUGUAUACAUUGAAGGUUAAUUUCCUUACAUAUCCUAUGGAGCACAUCUACUCUUUUAAGGCACUGUCCCCUAAUCAGGAGCAGCUUUACCUGACACAGUCUUUAGACAACUAACAGUAGUACAACAGACAUUAGAUCUUCCAGAUUACAUGCCAUCAGGACCAGAGUUUAAUAUUAGUGCUGGAGGGAAAAAAAUCUAGGAGUGGUGGAGGAGCACCCCAAUCUAUACUGACUCUACUCUAGAGAAAGGAUGACAGUAUUAUCCAUGAGUUUUUUUUUUUUUUUUUUUUAUUCUGCUUCCCUUCGCAGCUAAGCCCAAGAUUCUAAAGCUUGAGUAAAAAUGUUUACUACAGCAUUUCUGGAUUCUGGCAAGUUGCUGGCUCCAGUAAAUCCACAGUUACAGUAGCCAGUAAUGGCAUUCCUUGAACUAUCAUUGCAGUGGUAGGAUUUGCAGGAACCACAGAGAUGAAAGCUUUAAAAGCUUUAAUUAUACAUCCAUUUUGGCCUUCUUUAUUGUAUAUUAUCUCUUUUUCACCACAAAGUGUCACUUGGUAUUAUAUCCUGCAUGAUAUCACUUGUAAUAAUCUCCUCUCUCCCUAACAAAAUGUUUUUUGGCCCAACCAUAGCACGACUACUGCUCUCCUAAAUUUCACAUAAACUAUUAAUGGAUUUAUCCAAGGCUUUCAGCACUGUGUAUCACCACAAAUUCUUACUGAAACUCUCCUCAUUAGGAUUAACUCAGUCAUUACUCAGUGGUUCCACAUCUAUCUUUUAAAUAGACAUCAGGCUGUUAAAUGUAAACAAGACUGUUCUUCUUUCUUACCAUAUAUAUUAGUGUUCCACAAGGAUCUAUAUUUGGUCCCUUACUUUUUAAACUUUUUAUUAUUAAUCUAUAUUCAGUCUCUGCUCGUACUUGUAUUAUUGAAUAUGCAGAUGACUCUACCUUUAUCUGCUCAGCCAAAACUUUAUCUUAAGAGUAAACAGAACCAUUUUUACUGCUAUUGGAAUUUGGCUUGAUGACUUACAACUUGUUUUCAAUGCUAAGAAAACAAAAUUAAUGUUAUUCACCCAUAAGAAUUCUUUAACCACAAAAGACUCUUUUCAGUAACUGGGGACCAUGAUUGAACAAGUCUCCGACAGCAAACUGUUAGGCAUAAUCAGUGAUGAAUGCCUGAAAUUUGAUCAGCAUAUUCUCCAUGUUAUCAAUAAAACUCAUAAAAAACUAGGAUCACUAUAUGUAUAGGAUUAGACCUUACCUUACAGGCUCUGCUAGAAAAAUUAUUGCAACAGCUUACUUACUUCCAGCUCUUUUAUAUGCCUUUCUAAACCAGUGAAAUGGGAUCUCCUAAUAGAAAGAGAAGCUUUAUUUGCAUUUUAUCAGGAUGAACCAACAGCCAGGGUUGCAGUGGCUCAUUUGGCUAUCAUGUUAUCCUAGGAUAGGAGGAAUAUUUCAUGUUUACAUGACUUAAUCCCCACUGCAACUAUCUGCAUUGAAUCUACUGUAGGCCUCCUACUGCAGGAUGUGCAGCCCAGGUUAUCAAGUAAUUACCUCAAUGUGUACUCCUCUCCCAAAUGCUCAGAUCUAUCCAGUGAACACCAUCAGGAGAUACUCCUGCAAUGGUAAGACCCAGCCCUCCAAGGAAGAAGACAUACAGUAGCUACUUGGUCUUUUUUCCCUCACCAAAUGAACACUUCGACAUCAAGAAUGUUAAUCAAAAUCCAUAUCCCUGGUAGUGCAGGCAAACAUCCUUUUGCUGUGCCAGUGUUCUACUGGUUGUCACCACGUUGUCCUACUGCUGUUAUUAUCAUGUAGUCCUGCUUGCAGUUAUCAUCAUUUCGUCCAGAUGGUGGUUGCCAUCAUGUUGUCCCCUGUUAUUUCCAUGAUUUGAUUCAACACAUUUUAGCUAAUAUUCGAGUCUUACAGUUUAUUCUCUUCAACCCAGUCUUACAAAUUCAUUUUGCAUCAAUGAUUUUUGGCAGUGUUUUAAUUAUUCCAGUGAUUUUAUUGAUUUAUUCUAUUUAAUGUUGUAUCCUGAUAUUGUACAAAAAGGCAGGUUCCUAUCAUAAGUCAAGUACCAAUAAACAGAUUACAUGAAGUA